UGACUUUGAAAAAUUUAGUAGUUUUAUUGAUAAUUUUUUAUUGAAUAUUUUACUAUAACUAUAAUAAAAUUAUAUUGAACUGUUUUCAGGUAUAAAGAGUGCUAUAAUGAUAAAGAUUGAGACUGAAUACUGUGGCACAGUUAUGCCAUGGAUCCUGUGGGAUCCUGGUCAGCGUAUGCUGCUUCGUAUAACAGACUAGCCAAUGCGAGCAGUUUCCAAAGUCCUCCAAGUAGCGAUCUACAUCAUCAUAUGGGAACUGGCGUUCAGGCUGCACCUUCGACUACAACCCAAUUACUUGCUGCUCAUGCGACCUCUAGUCUUGCCAGUUCGGCUGCCUCUCCUUUCAAUCCUACUGGAUUUUUAUCUCCACCACCAGUCGGAUAUGAUGCUGUCUUCCCUCCGUUGUUCCACCAAAAAGCACACUAUGGCAUUCAACAUAGACCUCUCAAGCAGCCAGAAGCAGAUGCAUAUAAUCAAAUGGCAUCAAACAAUUUCUUCGAACAAAGAGACACACCUUCAUUAGCGUGGUCACAAAAUAGUGCCCAGUUACCAAGUCCCUUUGGCAUUUUACCACACGAAAGUGUAGUUCCUAAUUCUGGCGUAUCUGCCAAAACCUAUGAAAAUUUUAAUGCUCAUUUUGCUGCUGCACAGUCUCUUAACCAGUUUAAUUCGCAGAUUUCUGACUACAAAAAUGUGCCUUUUAUCGAUCCUAAAAAAAGACCUUUAUCACCAAUAUCAAAACCUCCAGUUUCAACCCCUUUUUAUCAGCAGACUUUUCCACCAACAGAAUCAAAUCUUAAUUACAGACAAAGUGAUUAUUCUGUUAGAAGUUUUCAAAAUGGAAAUUUGCAACAAGCCUGUAGCUUACCUCCAUCAAUUCCUCAAGGUAAAGAGCAUCGCAUUCUUCAGCCUGUCAGACCACAAUUUCCAACACAGAGAAAUGAAAAACUAAAUUUCACUCCUCCAAAACAAAGUUUUCAGAAAGUUCCUAAUAAAGUAUAUGAAAGUGAGAAGAGAGUAGAACAUGACAGUCAGUCGUCUCCCAUCAGCUUUGCAAUGAUGGAUGCUCAAAGAACUUAUCUGACACCCAAGCCAAGGAAUCAGCCAUUUCAAAAUAUCCCUAAUCAGCAGAAUUAUAGGUUUCCAAUGACUCCUGAAUCAGAUUAUCAGCGCAGUAAGUCAACAGAAAGUUUUGGUAGUACAUCGAGUAAUCCGGAUUGUACCAUUGGAUUGCCUCGUCGUCCAAGCCCUUUACAAGCACAUGUUAGUCCAAACAAUGCUCCGAGUCCUGUCUAUCCCAUGUAUAACAGUCCUUUAACCACUAUUUCAUCUCCUUCUCCUGUUCAACAUGAAACAUGUUUUAAUAAACAUAGUGAUAUCACCCCUCCUCUCGAUGUUUCUGUAUCAAGAAGUAGUGUUCCAUAUAAUUCAGUAAUAACAAGAAGUGAUGUUAGAUUUGAUAGACAAGAUUAUAGUAGGCAGCCGUGGGAUGAUAGGCGGAGAUACUCAGGCUAUGAAAACAGCAAUGGACAAAACAGGCAACAGUAUUAUGAUCCGUCUCCGCAAGUGAAUCUACAAGAUUUAAGUAGUUGUCGUGGAGAUCCGAUGAGUUUAGUAAAAACUCUUCAACAGCAGCAACCGGAAAAAGUAUCAGAAGAUAAGUCUAAAAAAAAACCAAAAAGUAUUGACAAAUCUUCAGAUGUGGAUUACUUUCCAAGAGUUCCCCCUCCUGCGCACCACAAUGCUAAUCAGUCUAAUCAAAAUGGUUAUUACGAUUCAGAAAGGUGGAAUCUAGCUCCUCCUCCCUCGAAAAUAUUUCCAUCAUCUCCAGUUUCCUAUGGUCCUCAACCUCCUAUUAGCUCGAACAUUCCUAACCAGCACCAAUCGCUGAUGGUGCCUCAUCCAGCUCUACCGUUGCCUUAUUUCCCUUCCCUUCCAUAUGUUCCUCAGUCGCAGCCUGCAGAAGAAGCGGUGGACACUGAAAUAGAAACAGAACAACCUAAAGUAAUCGUGCCAAAUAUAGAAGAAGAACUUAGAUGUCUACUUAAUGAUUGUGAAAAUGAAGAAGUAAUACCUAUCAAAAAGUUGCCUUUGAAUCCGGAUACAAGUUUUAUGUCAAGUUUCGUUAGAUAUCUACAUGGAGAAAAAGAAUCCUCACCUCCAAAUUUAAGACCUGUAAGAAGAAUAAUGAAACCAAAGAUUUUUCAGCAAACUGAACUGAAUAUGAAUGAAGUUGAUAAUUGUAUUCCAGCUCCUGUUGUAGAGUUUCCUUCUGACCCUCAAGAUGACCCAAGAUAUUUUCCUCUUCCUAAGUCUUCUGAUAAAAGAAGUUUUGAUUCUAGUGAUUCUGAUGGUGAUAAUAGUUUUGCAUUUAAUUCAAAAGUUGAUAAAAAAGUUGAAACCCCUCCACCAACCCCUCCUGUCGAUAAAGAGGUUUCAACUUUUAAAGAAGAUCCGAUUCCUAAGUCAGAAGGAAGAAAGAAGAAAAAGAAAAAGAAAGAUCGACAGAGGAAACAUUUGGAUAAGGAAGCUCAUCAUGACCCUCCUCGACCCAGAAGAGAAACAUCAUUACGAAAAGCUAAAGAAUUAUCUGUACCAUUGUUAGGUGAACUCGCAAACAACUCUUCUGAUAUGUCCAAUUCUGACUCUGAUCCAGUUUGGGUUCCUCCUGAAAAAUCUCCUAAUGACAAAAAAAUAUUGAAGAAAUCUAGACUGCCGAGAAAACAACUAGCGAAAAGUAUUUCUGAUGGAUCAUCCGAUGAAGAUGAUGUCCCUCUAGCCAAAAGAACUAAUAGAAAAAAAAGGAAGAAAAGCAAUAGUCCGAAAAAAAAUAUUCAGGCAAUCAAAAAAGCUUCAUUACCUCAAAUCAUAACAGCAGCGAAACCUUCCAAUUAUUCUAGUUCAAAAUCAAAUCAGUUACCAUUUAAUAUAGGAGAUUUUGUUGUCUUGAAAACGGAUCUUGUCUUGCGACAUCCACCUCUCUGGAGGGUCAAGGAGAAGACCAUGCUACAAAAGUUUAACCACUUCAUGAAGAAUGGAUUUCCACUCUAUAAAAAUCUACCAUGUUUCACUGGUUGGAGCCCUGAGAGCAAAAAUGUUUACGUUGGUGUUACGGUCAAGGUUGUAUCAACUAUAAAACAUGACAUGGUUGUGCAGUUGCUUUCAUGUGAUAUUCAAGAGUUUAACGCAGAAGAAAAGGCUAUUAUUGAAACUAUAAUAGACAUGACACAAAACUAUCAGGACUAUUUUGAAGUAUACGUGCAAACAUUAUUUUCUCAAGCUCUAGAUGCAAAUUUUCUUAUAGAAAUUUUCCAAGAAAAAGAUGAAUAUUUCUUAUCAAAUGUCAGAACUGUGGAUGAUUAUGUAAGGGAAUUGGAAAAAAGGUUAACUUCUCUGCUUGAUUGGGAUGAGAAGUUUAUAUCAGCGGUUGAACAGUACCCUUCGUACAACUCAUAUCCUAGAAGUGGCACCAUCUGCCACUGUGGUGCUUUUGGAUUUUGCCAGUUGAUAAUUUCUGGUGUACCUUAUGACAAAGAUACGUUACAGAAAAGAAACGAACCUGAAUCUUCUCUCGAAGCUGUCAUUUGCAGAGAUUGUCUUACAAAAAUUGAAGUUCUCCAUAAGCUGUGCCAUUUUAAAUGUUCCCUGUACACUUUAUGCGAGGAAAGAGUGAAGGAAAAGAGGGAGGCCGAGCCUGGUAAAGAUACGACAGUGAUAUUGAACGAUUUAUUAGCUGAUGACAUUUGGCUUAAUCAGAUCUUUAGAAGCAUUCAGAAAGAAUGGGGACAUGCUGAGGUAAUGAUCGAAAAAGCUUCAAAAGCAUUAACAGAAAAUUAAUUUUAAUUUGAUAAUUUUAUAGUAAUAGGAAUCAGUAUUUUUUUUGUGAAUUGACACAGUAAGAUGUUUUAUGUUUCUUUCAGUUUAAUUAUAGUAAGCCCUUCAGUUGUAUAGAUAUAAUGUUUAUAUCGAUAUAUAAUGUAACAGUUAAUAUUUUAACUUAAAGAGGUAACAUUACUUCUUUUAUUUUUGGUUUUCAAAAUUUAUCUUAAUUUUUAUAGUAACACUUGUAACUACUAUACUUACAAGAAGAAAAAAUUGAAAUCGUAUUAGCAGGUUCUAAUUAUAGUUCCUUCAAAUUUAAGAAUUUUUUGAACAAAAUGUAAUUAAUUAAUGCAACUUGAUGUGGAUGAGGCUAACUUUAAAAAAAAAAAAUGAUUCUGAAAUAAUCUUAUUUGACUAAACUUUUUUGUACGAUUCUAUUUAUACAUUGUUCUUCCAUGCAGAAUCAAAGAAAUUGUCGAAAAGUUUAGAGUCAAACUUGCCAUAAUAGGACAGCAUUAGGGUAUGGAAAUUUUUCUGGUUAAAUAGAAGUUUCUAUUUAUGAGAGAUUAAUAAGUUCAAAAAUUUACAAAUGUACCUAAACCUGUAUGAUAAAACUUAUAAUUAAUGUAUAUGAUUAAAUAUAAAUUAUGUACCAUACCAUAGCUGCGUGGACAAACUAGCUUUGAAAUCAUUUAUCUUCUAAGAGUAACUUAUAAAACGUUUUCUCUUAUUAAUGGGCAUUAUAAAUGGGAUUGUCAAUCGGGGGACGCACUUUGAUUUUAAAGUCUUUGUAGUUCGGUCAUAUUUUAUGUGUUUUCAUAAAAUAUAUUAUUUAAACUUUUUUAAUGUAUUAGCUUCAAAGGUUUUCUCGACUUGAAAUAGUUUCAAAAGGAAUCUUCAUUUUUUCUAUACACUCAUAUUUAUAAUCUUCACUUUUUUUUUCCAUGUCAAACUGUUCAACUAACAAAAAUAUAAUAUAAUAUUAAAUAAAAGAUACAAACAAAUGAUUCACCUCCUAUAAGGAUUUCAUCCUGAAUUUUAUAAAUAACUUUAAAAAAUUUAAUAUUUAAUCUUAGACAAAUGAGAAAAAUUAAAAACAAUUCAGAACUUAUAUUCUUAAAGUUGAAAACAUGUCAUUAUUCUUAUAUCUUUCCGCUACAAGAGCAAAUGUUUAUUUAUUUUAUUUUUAUUUGUUGAAGUUGGGACCAAUAUUUUAGCAGUAUAUAAAAAAUAAUAAGUAAUUAGAAAAAAAGUUUAGGUUGUGAAAUGUUUAUGACUAAUGCUUAUUAGUCAGUAUUUUUAAUUUAUUUAUUUUAAUAGCGACACUGCAAAAGUCUGUUAGUACAAUUUUAUUAAAAAGUGUAGUUUUGAGCUUUUUGUGGUCUAUCUUGGUCUCGAGUAUAUGUAGAAACAUAAACCAUUUAUAUUUAAAACAUUAUAUCUUUAUUUUAUGCAUUAAAGUAAAAAUUUAAUGGUAGAAGAGAUACGUUUACCUACACUUAUUUUUAAUGCUCCAUAACUUAUAAAAUAACAAUGAUUUUUAAAAGUUCAAAAUAGAAUUUUAUUUGUCAUGCUUUGAAGAUACUACAUUAAUUUUUACGUUAUUUUAUCACUAGAUAUUGACUAUUA